GGUCCUUCGGCCCACCGAGUCCGUGCUGAGAUCACACGUAUGCUAAUUCUGUCCUACAUACUAGGGACAAUUUACAGAAGCCAAUUAACCUACAGACUUUCGCAUUUUGGGAAUGUGGAUGGAAGCUGGAGCACCUGGAUGAAACCCAUGUGGUCAUAGGGAGAAGGUACAAACUCCGUACAGACCGCACCCGAGGUCAGGAUUGAACCUGGGUCUUUGGUGCUGUGAGGUAGCAACUCUGCCACCGUGUUACUGUGUCGCGCUAAAUAAAGCACAACGAGGAAUUAUUAAGGCAGGUAAUUUAGUUUAGUUUUUAGGUUUGAGAUACAGUGUGGAAACACAGUUUUCGGGCCAGCAUGUCUGCGCCACCCAACAAUCACGCAUACACUACUUCUAUGUUAUCCCAGUUUAACAUUUUACAUUCUAGAGAAAAUUAACCUACAAAGUUGCACAUCUUUGGAGUGUGGGAAGAAACCGGAGCACCCGGGGAAAACCCACAUGGUCGCAGGAAGAAGGUACAAGCUGCAGCACCCGGUCAGGAUCAAAGCUGUUUAAGAAGGAACUGCAGAUGCUGGAAAAUCGAAGGUACACCGAAACGGCCCGAAACGUUGCCUAUCUCCUUCGCUCCAUAGGGUUUGCUGCUGCACCCGCUGAGUUUCUCCAGCAUUUUUGAGUACCCAGGAUCAAAGCUGGGUCUCUGACGCUGUAAGGCAGCAACUCUACUGCUGGGCCACUGUGCCGCCGCAUUGUAACUGUGAACUUGUGCUACUCUAACUGGUGAUGAAGGGAUGAGAUCAAAGUCAUACCAAUAAGUUAAACGGGCACCUGCCCUCUUCAGACAGUGGGAGGGUUAGAUUGAGGUUUAUUAUCGUCACGUCUGAGGUACUGUGAAGAGCUUUGUUUUGUGUGCUAUCCAGUCAAAUCAGAUAAUACUGUACAUAAAUGAAAUCAAGCCAAGCGCCAGCAUAUUCUCUUUGUCAUCCUUAAAAAAAGACGGCACUGGGAGGGGGCUCUCGACCCGAAACGUCACCCAUUCCUUCUCUCCAGAAAUGCUGCCUGUCCCGCUGAGUUACUCCAGCACUUUGUGUCUAUCGCUGGAAUAACUCGGCGGGUCAAGCAGCAUGUCUGGAGAUCAUGAACCUGUGACAUUUCGGGUCCAGACCCCUCUUCACGUCGCCUAUCCCUUUUCUCCGUGGAUGCUGUUUCGGCCGCUGAGUUACUCCAGCAUUUCAGUCUGAAGGGUCUCAAUGCGAAACGUCACAUAUUCAUUUUCUCCAGAGAUGCUGCCUGACCCGCCGGGUUAUUCCAGCACUUCGUGCCGAUCUUGAGUCUUGGUAUAUUUGAGUUCAGUUCACCACUAACGUGCAGUGAGUGGGUGGCUAGAGUUGAGCUUCGCUUAUUUAGAUCCUGAUCAGCGAAUUGAUGACUAUGCACGUUCAAGAUAGUUUCAGCAAGAAGUGAUUUAUUUGCACUGACAUAAGCUGUAAUUUCCUUUCACUGAAGUUGCUCUGUAACUCCGACUGUGUGUAAUUCCUGGCAGCAGACCUGAAUCGGGAACUUGUGGAACCGAGCCCGAUUUCACAAACUUAAACACGCAUUAUUACAGUGCAGAAUCGGGGAGCGCUUCUGCAUCUGUAGAAGUGACAUUAUCUGACUGAGGUGAUAAAGAGAAGCCCCUGUCGUUUACUCGUGUGGACGGGCUGGGGUGGCGAAACAAACAUCUCUAAUGGGACUAAUUUGAAAAAUUGUAACAGGGGGAAGAUUUGUCCCCGUCCCUUGCCCGUAACUGAGACAGCGUCGCUGUGAAAUGCUAAAACCGCUCCACUAUCACAUUGCCUUUGCGGGGGAUUGAUGGGUUCGUUGCUUCACUCGCCACUUUACUAUCGGCGACUGCACCUUCACCCAUUCCGAGGAACAUCGUGUCAUCUUUCGGGCACCGAAAUCUCUCAAUAAACCAGAUAUGCCCUCCUGCAAUUGGUCUGCAAUUGGUGCCUGACAUCAGAAACAAGCAGCAGGUUUUUAUGCCUCCAGGAACAUUGGAGCAGACAGUUGAACAGCACCUGUGCUACAAGCAAAAUCAAAAGCCGCCGACUCACCAUGGAAGGAAAUCCAGCAGAACAUUCCGCAAGUGUGAUCAGAAAUCCAGCAACCUGGGAAAUAGGCAUCUAUGGAUCUGGAGUCGUGAUUAUCCUGGUGAUAGUCGGAGUGAACCUGUGGAAACUCUGGAAGUCUGGGAAUUACCCGGCGCCCUCUCCAUUCCCAAACUAUGAUUAUAGAUACCUGGAACAAAAGUACGGGACUUCAUACUCUGAGGUUAGGCAAAAGAGAACAGCGGCUUUGAGUUAUAAGAAGCCGAUAGAGAAAGGUUUCCCCAGCCAGCACUCAAGCCUCAAGAUAGACGAAGCUUAUGACACCAUCAACGAGCUUGGGACUCUGGAGCUAAUGACGAAGGAUGUGGAGUUGAGUUCCUACGGAUCGAUGAAAAAAUCCGUGUCGACGGACUCGCUGAAUUCCAUAUCUUCGAUCGGGAACAACUUUGGCCACGACUUCACUGUGGGCCAGAUCGAGAUGAGCUUGGAGUACGAUGUGAGCUCAAACACCAUGCACGUCACUCUGGUUCAAGGGAAGGACUUGUUGGAGAAAGAAGAUGCCAACUUUGAAUCUUGCUUUGUGCGCAUCAGUUUGCUGCCCGAUGAGCAGAUUGUUGGGAUUUCUCGGAUUCAGAGGAAUGCAUUCUCGGUGUUCUUCGAUGAGAAGUUUUCCAUUCCCCUGGACCCCUCUGCUCUCGAGGAAAACAGUCUUCGAUUUUCCGUAUUUGGAAUCGAUGAAGAUGAAAGAAACAUCAGCACGGGAUUGGCAGAUCUGAAGCUAUCGGAUUUGGACCUCAGCUGCCGACCCUUCAAUGCCUGGCUUUAUCUACAGGAUGUCAAUAAGGCAACAGAUACAGUUGGAGAGAUCCUACUCUCACUCAGUUAUCUGCCCACAGCAGAGAGGCUGACGGUGGUCGUGGUCAAAGCCAAAAACCUCGUCUGGAACAACGGAAAGACCACCUCCAAUCCAUUUGUGAAAGUUUAUCUCCUUCAAGAUACGAGGAAAAUAAGUAAGAAAAGAACGGCAAUCAAGAGGGAUGAUCCCAAUCCUGUCUUCAAUGAAGCCAUGAUCUUCUCAGUUCCUGCAAUUGUUCUGCAGGAGUUAUCUCUACGAAUAACGGUGACUGAAUGCUAUGAAGAAGGGAAAACUGCGAACGUGGGCCAUGUCAUCAUUGGACCAGAGAGCAGUGGGAUGGGGGUAACUCACUGGAAUCAGAUGCUGGCGACAUUAAGAAAACCUGUCUCCAUGUGGCACACCCUCCGAAAGAACUAAAGCAAGCAAAUGUCCAUGUGUCCAUAGCACCUGUAUACAAUAUUUUUGCAUGAUGUCCACAUUCUUAACGCUGGUGUUUUGAGAAGUGUCAAAUUUGAGACACUAUUUUUCACUACACUUGAUCAACUUACUGGUGUCAAUCUAAUACUGGGAAAUCUUUAACAGGAUAACAGAAGACACAAUUGUAGGUCAACAUGAACUCGGCUUAGUAAAUGAAUGCAUCUGCAACUAGAGCUGCCGUGAAGUAGCCAACCCACUGAAUGUUUCACACUGAAUGGUACAUACAUAUAUACAGUAGGGUCAUGGAUAAUAAAGGGGCCAUGUAUCUGUCCAAGACAUAGCUAAGUAUCCAAUAACCACUCUAAACCUAGAAAAAUCCCAAACAUCAAUGCCGGAUGAAAUCCUUCCAAACAUGCUUCCUUUUUACAGAAUAUUUAUGCCAAGAAUAACAAAAUCUACAUGGUGCCCAAGAAAGGUUGUGCACACACUGACAUUUUGUUACGUUUAUCUCCAAUGUUAGUUGUAGAGAUGCAGGCCCCUUGGGGCCCGCUGAGUGCAAGCCCACCAUUGAUCACCUGUUCACUCUAGUUCUAUGUUAUCCCACUAUUGCAUCCACUCCCGACACUCCAGGGGCAAUUUAUGGAGGCCAAUUAACCUGCAAACUCGCAUGUCUUUGGGAUGAGGGAGGAAACCGGAGCACCCGGGGGAACCCAUGUGGUCACAAGGAGAACGUGGAAACUCAGCACAGGCAGUACACGAGGUCAGGAUUGAGCCUGGGUCUCUGGCACCGUGAGGCAGCAGCUCUACCAGCUGCACCACUAUGCCGCCUUGUUGUACUACUACUGUAAUUACUAAAGGGACUGUUUAUAUUGUACAUAGAGCAGCGCAUUGUUGGCAUUAAUUGUGGCUCUAUGUGGUUUUGGGUUAGUUUGCAGCCAAUAUGUACACAAUGCCCACAAAAAUAUACAAUUUAUAUAUUUCAAUAUUGUAUUAUGCAGUAGAUCGUGUUGAGUAAGUCAGAAAUGUUUUCUAUAUAAUUCCAUAUCUCUCUUGAUGAAUGUGUGUAUUGUGCUGGCGAGUUGCAGAUAUACUUUAUUGGAUUUUGCCAACUGUGGCUACAUUACACCAAAUUUUAGGCAAAGACCAUAUCCACCCCACAAUGUGUUUUGACAACUUCCCAUGCCUAUCCUUUUAUACUAGAAGUAACAAUGUAUAUUUUCAUUGGGUCAGAAGAGUCAUAGAACCUUAUAGCAUGGAAACAGGCGUUUUGGCCCAACUUGCCCACAAUGAGCGACAUAUCCCAUUUACACUAGUCCUACCUGCCUGCGUUUGGCCCACAUCUCUCUAAACCUAUCCUAUCCAUGUACCUGUCUAAAUGUUUCUUAAACGUUGUGAUAUUACCUGCCUCAGCUACCUCCUCCGGCAGCUUGUUCCAUACACCCUCCACCCUUUGUGUAACAAAGUUACCCCUUAGGUUCCUAUUAAAUCUUUCCCCCCUCACCUUAAACCUAUGUCCUCCGGUUCUUGAUUCCCCUACUCUGGGCAAGAGACUGCGCGUCAUCAAUCCACUCCUCUCAUGAUUUUGUAGAAGCUUCCUGUUAGAAUUUCAAUUGGCCAAACCAUGCUAAUUGACACGGCAGAAGCCCCCUCCAUAGAAAGGAAGGAAAAAGCAGAACUGACGCAAACUCUUCUUUUCUUAAGUGUCUAAAUUAUUCCUUGAUGCACGUUAGGUGCCUUGUUUUGGAGUUGACACAAGGGAAAUGGCUGCUUUAUGUCAAAAGAUUCCAUUCAAGGUCAUUUUUUGACAGGAAUAAAAAUCGCUUUAUUGAUAGUCUGAACUCAUCUUACAAUGAAGGCAGGAAAAUAUUUUUAAAUAUUUAUUAUGUCUAAUUUCAUGAUAUUCGAGGCUUUUUCAUCAGAAUUUCAAUUAGCACUACCCUUAUUAUAAGUAUGGCAAUAAGGAAUAAAAAGGAAUAAGGACGCUCUUUGCACCUUGCUAGGCCAUGCACUUCCCUUAAACUCCAUCACUCUGUAGGAUUAAGAGAUAUUUUUACCUGUGGAACCUCUGAGAGUGAACUGCUUGAGUCAUGAAUGAGCAAUAAUUAAACAGAUGUAUUAAUGAUUAUCAUGCAUAUCUAGCAUUGUUCAAGUUUUGGAAUAGUUGCACCAAGUUGGCUCUCUUUUCUGACAAACUUUGCUGCUUCUAGGACCAACAUAGUUUAGUUUGGUUUAGAGACACAGCAUGAAAACAUGGAAACAGCCACCGAGUCCACGCUGACCAUUGAUCACCUGUUGACACUAGUUCUAUGUUAUCCCACUUCCUUAUCCAUUCCCUGCACUCGGAGGGGGGGGAAGAUUUUACAGAAUCCAAUUAACGUACAAAAUUGCACGUCUUUGCGAGGUGGGAGGAAACCAGAGCACCCGGAGGGAACCCACGUGGUCACAGGGAGAAUGUGCAAACUCCGCACUAGCAGCACCCGAUGUGGGGAAAAACUGGAGCACCCGGAGGAAUACUCACUUAGUCAAUAGUUCAAUGGUUCUUUAUUUCCAUGUAUGCAUUGCACAGUGAGAUUCUUUUUGCAUAACUCACAUAUGCAUGCAUCGCCAUAUUUUGGCGGCAUUUACAAAAGUCCAAAGUCCGGUCCACGUGACUGAUGUACUGGUGUGGCUCCCGAUCCAGGAAAGCCCCAGGCUGCAGUAGGGCCUCCUCUGUUGCCCUCGACCAGCUCGGCCCACCAACCAGCGUCACAGUUGGAGCUUGCAGGAUUGAACCCUGCAGUGUGAAGUACCAGUGAGCACCAAAAGGAACCCACAUGGUCUCAGGGAGAACAUGCAAACUCCGCAAAGACGCCACCUAAGGCCAGGAUUGUACCCGGGUUUCUGACGCUCCCAGGCAGCAACUCUACCCCUGCGCAACCAAGCCGCUAAUCCAUUUUUCUUGCUCCAGGUUAUUAGUAGCCUGAAUGAUUAGAACAUCCUUAUUGUUUAUCAAGCAUUCCUUACCAAAGGAUACUGAUCAAAACCCAAAAGUCUCCACUGCAGAUUGAAUUAAGUUUGGAUGGACAUCUGAGUGAGUGAUCACAGUGUUGGAGCAAUGAUUCCCUCGCCAGGCUGCAGUGGGGGCUUGUUGGUCAGCAUGGACUCGGUGAGCUGAGGGACUAGUUCGUGCUGUUUGCUUCUGUGACUCUACACGUUUGAUAAUGAAAGAAUCAGCAUUUAAACCUGGGGGCCAGGGUCAACAUGUUUCUGUGUGCCAAUGCUUCAGUCUUUGUGCACCACGACUAGAUCUUGUGAACUCUGCCAAAUCAUUAGUGCCAGCACUGGGAGCAUAUUUGUUAGACGAGUUUCUUAAACUAAUGGCACAAGACUUUUGGAAUGAACUGAAAGAAAAAAUCUAAUUUGUAUGUUGGAUUGAAUUACGGAGCUAAUUUUCUCAUGUCGUACGAUGAAAGAAAGAAAGCCUUUGUUCCUAAAAAAUAAAUGAUCCAUGUUCU